AUGGAGAUGAACGGGACGGAUGCGCAUGCCGAGGAAGCCGUGGCUCUGGCGUUGAGCGUGGCCGUCACCGUCAUCUCCGCUAUAGGACUGCUGCUCAACGCUUAUAUACUGUUCAUCAUUGUUAUUACUAAGCAGCCAGCUACAGCGUCGUCAGUACUGCUAGUGCACCUUGGCGCUGUGGGGGCUCUGGCCAGCGGUGCAGCGCUCUGUGGCGGGGGCGGGGGCUGCGCCUGUGGAGCCCUACUGCACGCAUUGCAUCCUCUACAACUGUGGACUGUAUGUGGAUUGCACGCUGAUCGAGCUGCCGCCAUCGCAGCGCCUCUGCAUUAUGCCGCUAUUGUGUCGGCACGAAAGGUGAUGAUCUGUGUCGCGGGCGGUUGGGUGGCGACGGCGGCUCUCCUGGCCCCGCUUGCCGCCGCGCAGCCUCCGCUGGCCUACAGAAGCGCCCUCGGGAGCUGCGCCCCAGACUGCGGCGCUGGCCCGGCCGCCCUCGGUUUCUGUCUGCUUUACGCCCUGUUGACGUUGUUCCUCCCUGUGGUGCUCGUUCUCCUUUGCAGCCUCAAAAUACUUCGCAUAGCUCGAUACCAUCGUCACAGGAUAGCGGCAGCUAUAUACGAAGUCACGUUAUCAGCUCAAGUUACCGUCACUCAUCAGCGUAACCCAUUCUCUCCGCCACCUCCGCCGCGACAUCGAGCGUUGUCAGCAGUUAUUCAGCCCCUUGGAUCACUAGCCAUUCUCUACUUUCCUUACUACUGUGUUCUUAUAUGGCCUGCCAUUGCCGUUCCACCACAACCGGUAGCCGCAUUGUCAGCGGCCCUGCUGGCAGCUGCUCCUCCGAUCAACGGGAUCUUAUAUGGAAUUAGAAGUCGUGCACUGCGGGAUUCGUUACGAAACUAUAGGCGUAAAAGAAUAACAAAAAGUGAAGUGACUCAAGAAAUACAGGCAAGAACUCCCAGUGCUUGCGGGUCGAGAAGACCUUCACUUUCGGCUGGUUCCGGGAGUAUACGGCCGCCCACAACGCGGCGGUUGUCGGAUGCUGCAGCCAUGGGUUCCCGGGGUUCAGAGCGGCCAGCGCCACGAGCGGCUUCUUGCAAUAUGCUUCAAGAUUCGCAGGAAGAGGACGUGCCCCGACCACGAACGUCUGCCAUUCCGCUGAUACGUGCUCCACCCCACGUUGUUUUGGGCAGGGCACUCGGCCUCGAAGAGACUGGUCAUCGGAGGCGAAGACAGUCGCCUCGGAUAACCGUGACUCGAGCGAUGUCUGAUGAGAGCGAGUCACCAACGCGUCGGCCUCUUUGUCGACAACAGUCGCGGUCCAGUGGCGCCCUCCUCGGAGGCCUAUCAUACUCCCCGGCCCUCUCGGAAAACAUGAACAUCGAUCGAGCCGACGAGCAGUUGCUUCUCACCUGGCCACAGCAUCAGUCUCACUCAAAUCAUGAUGUAUUAUAAAACGGGUAAUAGAAUAGUUUCCGAUAGAUGUGCAUUUAAAGACAAUAAAU